AUGCCAUUAGUCGUUCCACAAAAUGUGUUCCCUUUAACUAAAUAUUUAUGUAUAGCGUUAUUUGUUGGUUUCACGGUAUUUGUUUUUCAAAAUAUCAAGAAUACAAUCCCUGAACCAUACAUUGAUGAGAUUUUCCAUCUUCGACAAUGUCAAACAUAUUGUGAUUACAAAUUUACUCAAUGGGAUGAUAAGAUCACUACUCCACCUGGUUUAUACAUAAUUGGAUUUGUUUACUCAAAAUUAAUUGAAUUGGUCUCAGGAUAUCCAGCGUGUAUGGAUUCAAAUAUAUUACGAUCAGUUAAUCUAAUUGGAGGGUUGGUGGUAUUGCCGUUGGUUCUUCAAUUAUUCAAGAAAUCAAACCCUCGUCAAUUUUGGAGUAUUAAUAUUAUGUCACAGCCAUUAAUGUUUACUUAUUAUUUUCUUUUCUAUACAGAUGUUUGGUCUACAAUUUUGAUAGUUUUCUCAUUGGCAUUGGUAAACAAUAAACGUUCCCAACAUCCUUUCUGGAGUGCAUUGAUUGGAUUCUUCAGCCUUUGGUUCAGACAAACUAACAUCAUUUGGAUAUGUUUUAUUGCGGUUGUUUUCAUUGAUAAGCAAGUAAUAAAUACAACUGGUAUUAUGGAUAGAAUUAUGAAAUUUACCACCACGGCAUUCAGAAAUUGGUUCAACUUAUGUGGAUAUGUUUUGAAUGUGGUGCUUUUUGCAGUGUUCUUAAAAGUAAACGGAGGAAUAACAUUGGGUGAUUCGGGUAAUCAUGAAAUAAAAAUCCAUUUGGUGCAACUAUUCUAUUGCACUUCAUUCAUUGCAUUCUUUGGGUUGUUUUCGGGCAGUAUUGCAUCUAUUAGAAGUUAUUUCACAUUCAUUACUCAGAGUAUCACUGUUAGUGCUUGCUUAUUUGCUAUCAUAUUUGUUGCUAUUAAGUAUACCACCAUAGUACACCCAUUUCUUUUGGCUGAUAACAGACAUUUUGCUUUUUACAUAUAUAGAAGAAUCAUAAAGAAAUUGCCAGCUAUUAUAAUGACUGUUCCUCACCAUUUUAGUAGUUUCACUAUUGGUCACUUGUGGAAGGGUAGCUUCAUGACUUGCUUUGCUUUCUUUGUUGCUCUCAUUGGUACUUUGGUUCCUUCGCCGCUUUUCGAACCACGUUAUUAUUUGACUCCCGUGGUUAUUUUCAAUUUAUUCAUAGAGCAUAAUAAUAGUUUGUUGGAGUUCCUUUGGUUAAAUGCUAUAAGUGUUGUUUGUUUUUAUGUAUUUGUAAACAAACAAAUCAUCUGGUAA